CAACAACCAUCGUCACCAUCCGUCCGUUUGCAGAUUCGUCGCUUCAUUCCUCGAUGGCCGCCUCCGCUGUCGUCCGCCGCCUCUCCAGCGCUCCGCUACGCGAUCACCGCCUCCUCCGACCCUUCUCCUCUACCGGAAGCGAGUCAACGAUCACCGUCGAGACCAGCGUCCCCUUCACUGGCCACAAGAUCAACCCACCAUCGCGCUCUGUAGAGACCACCCCCGUCGAGCUCCUCUCCUUUUUCCGCGAUAUGUCCCUGAUGCGCCGCAUGGAGAUUGCGGCCGAUUCUCUCUACAAGUCCAAGCUUAUCCGCGGGUUCUGCCACCUCUAUGAUGGGCAAGAGUCGAUCGCCAUCGGCCUCGAGGCGGCCAUCACUAAGAAGGACGCAAUCAUCACCGCCUACCGUGAUCACUGCAUCUGCCUCGGACGCGGAGGAACCCUCGUUGAAUCCUUUGCGGAGCUCAUGGGUCGCCGCGCAGGGUGCUCGAAGGGGAAAGGCGGGUCGAUGCACUUUUACAAGAAGGAAUCAGGGUUCUUUGGUGGCCAUGGGAUCGUGGGUGCCCAAGUGCCGCUCGGUUGCGGUCUCGCCUUUGCUCAGAAGUACUUGAAGGAAGGGACUGUGUCCUUUGCGUUGUAUGGUGACGGUGCUGCUAACCAAGGGCAGCUUUUCGAGGCUCUUAACAUAUCGGCGCUUUGGGAUCUUCCGGCCAUACUGGUCUGCGAGAACAAUCAUUACGGUAUGGGGACUGCUGAAUGGCGUUCUUCAAAGAGUCCUGCCUACUAUAAACGAGGGGAUUAUGUACCUGGUUUGAAGGUUGAUGGAAUGGAUGUUCUUGCUGUGAAGCAAGCUUCAAAAUUUGCGAAGGAGUAUGCUCUGAAAAAUGGACCAAUCAUUCUUGAGAUGGACACUUACAGAUACCAUGGGCACUCCAUGUCCGAUCCUGGGAGCACUUAUCGCACACGUGAUGAGAUUUCAGGUGUGAGACAGGAGCGUGAUCCUAUCGAAAGAAUUAGGAAGCUGUUACUGUCCCAUGAGAUAGCCACUGUCUCUGACCUCAAGGACAUUGAGAAAGAAGUCAGAAGAGAGGUAGAGGAGGCCAUUGCCCAAGCAAAGGAGAAUCUGAUGCCUGACCCUUCUGAGUUAUUUACCAAUGUUUACGUCAAAGGUUUCGGUGUGGAGUCAUUUGGCGCGGAUAGGAAAGAGGUGAAAGCCAUUCUUCCAUGAUGAUUGCAAACAGCAAAUCGUUCAAUAUUUUGUGUCCAUGUGUUGAAAUCUCUAAUAAAUAAGCUUGAAAAUAAAAAAAUUCUGGCUCUUUGAAGUCGAUACAGGUUUGGAUCAGCUUAACUAAGUCAAAAUUUUCAAUUUUUGCACUGAGCAUCACUUUGAUCUGUAAUUUACAGGCUACCAAUCUAUAUUGGUCAGUAAACUCUAAUCUGCACUGCUUGUGCAGAAUUUUCUUCA